AUGAAAAAGGAAGAUGGAGAGAAAGACGUUUCAAAGUUGUGUUCAAGUAACGGCCGGUCCAAACCUUGCCUAACAGAAAUCACUUAUAAGGUUUACUACUUUCUAUUUUAUGGCUCCAUCGGCAGUUCUAUUCCGUUUCUGGCUGUGUAUUUCAAGCAACUUGGACUUAGUGCCGGUCACGCAGGUGUGUUGAUCGGAUUAAGACUCCUAAUGGAAUUCAUCGGUGCGCCAUUGUGGGGAUGGAUCGGAGAUAAGUAUAAAAUGCAGAAAAUUAUUUUAUUCUUUUCGGUGGCGUCAUUCUCUGCAGGGACACUGCUGGUUCUGGUUGUUCAACCAGAGAAUCAACAGUGCAUCGAAACAAGAGGAAACAAAACGUUAAUAUAUCCAUUGACAUUUCUUCCUGAAGGUGGAGUUAUGAUAUUAGGUCAACCUACAGAAAUGGCAUCUCAACCUCCACGAUUUUACAACAAGAGUCACGUGACAACGUCUAACUGGAAAGUCGACGAAACCGAACUUAAGAAAAUCUUCUUUAUUUGUUUCGGUUUAAUUUUCGUCUGUCAGAUUUUGGGCUCUGUGGUUUAUAUCAUGCCUAAUGUUUUGCUUAUUGGAAUCUUGGAGGGGAGAUCAGACAAAUUUGGAACUUUCCAAAUGUGGGGCGAAUGCAGCGUCGCAGUUAGUUCAUUUCUUGUUGGAGGAGUCAUCAGCUUGUACGAAUCAGAAGUUUGCGGCAAGAUCGUGUCGAACUAUCACAUUUCCUUCUAUUUCUUUGCUGGUUUUAGUGCAUUUUCCCUGGUUACCAUUUUUUUCAUGCAUGCGAAAUAUUCUGAUGAUGAAUUAUCACAGAGCACUAGUAUUUGGACUCUCGCGAAGGAACUUCUUCUCUAUCGUAAUAUAAUAUUCAUUGCGUUAGCAUUUUAUUUAGGAGUCCUUGUCGGGUUACAUGAGCACUUCGGACUGUGGUAUCUGGAUGACCUUGGAGCUCAGCCCUAUAUGUUAGGAAUUGCCGCUGGUUUCCGUUACGCCGUCGCAUCUUUGGGGUAUCUAUUUUCAGGGACUAUCAUCACCAAGAUUGGACCAGCACCGACUUCAGCUGUCUGCCUGGCAUUGUACGUAGCGAUUUACAUGGGAUUUGCUUUUGUCCUAAAUCCCUGGAUCGGUGUAGUAUUAUUCGUUUCUCAGGGAAUCAUGUACUCGCUGGGCUGGGCGACCUGUGUUGUGUUUGGCGCCGCAAUAUCUUCAAAAGCUGGAUUCCAUGGAGCAAUUCAAGGUAAUGCUAUCUUAUAAUUCAAAGGGAGUCUCAAUUCUGAGAUGCUUUAGUUUUAAAUCCAGACAACUUUCUCUUGAAAACUGACAAAAUGUACACACAGUAUUAGAAAUAAGUGUAAAGAAUGAGGUAUGGCGGAGUAGUUAUGAGAAGACUUGUUCAUCAUUUUGUCUGUUUGACGUUUAGGGAAGAAAGGACUAAAUUUUCUUAUUUUUGUUUAACAAUGGAAAACAAAUUAGUUCAUAGAUAUCGUUUAAAAAUGCGUUACCAUAUUAACAUCCAAGUGACCAUUUAAUUGAUCCAAUUAUAAAAUGUUUUGGCUUUCUACAUUGAGAGCAAUCGAAUUUUUUUUUCAAUUAAAUCUAUUUACAUAAGAGAAUCUUGUACACGCUUGCUCAUCGCUCAACAGUUACAUGGGUAUUAUAGAACCUUGUUUCAAUAAGAGCUUUACAAUGAGAGUAUUACUACCGCAGUGAUGUUGUCAAGGUAGCAGGGGUUAAAACACUUUUGAAAAGAAUAUAAAUCUGCAAUGGAUAGUUAGUACAGUUAUGCCCAGGGGUUGAAAUCUUAGAGAAGCAAUGAGGCUUUUUAAGAAAUGUGCAAAAAAAUUAAAAGGUUAUUUGCGCAGCAAGGAUGCACAAGAAUAAGACGGUCUUCCUUAGGUUCAGAGUUUUUAAUCUUUUUAAAAUUAAUACUGCUCUACGUGAAUUUACGGCCUACUAAAGGCCAUUUAACCUUUACGUCGUUGUUGCGCAAGUUUAUGCUGUGGUUAUUUUUUUUAAUCCCAGGUAAUUAUGUUUUUCUCUUGUUUUUGGGUAUGGUAAUGUAUGCAAAUGAACUUGAAACAAAGGAAAAGUAAAAAUUACCUGAAAUAAAGUAUUAACUACAACCAAGAGACUAUAAAGGGGACAGAGAGGGCAUCCCCCAUAUACACCCUAUUCCAUAGGUAAUUCGUCUCGAGUUAGUUUUAACACCACAGAUCUCAAGGGGGAUUAGACAACAGCCAAUCGCAUAGCGCGAAUGUGUUCCGCGUGGAUGACCCACGCUGAGAGCCACGCAUCCUUCACGAAAUGACGCAGAACAAAAUGGGGGAAGACGCGGAGAGCGAUUUUGCUAUUCCUUUUGUCGACGAAAACGACUACAGCGAGAUUUCUGCGAAAGCUGUGUCACCGAAAUCGAAAUUAAAAAAGAAUCGCCCUUCCUCUCUUGUAUAGAGCUAACAGUAGAGCAGGGAAA